UUCCUCAUCAAUGCAUUCCCCUGUCGCCCUAAAUAACCCGAGGCAACGUUAGCUACCGAUUGAGCGGUGUGCACAGAGAAAGCGAGAGAAAAAGAGUCGACAUCUUCGUUGAGAUCUAUCAAAAUGUCACCGGUGGAGUCGCCCCGCGAGGAGAAUGUGUACAUGGCCAAGCUGGCGGAGCAGGCGGAGCGGUACGAGGAGAUGGUGGAGUUCAUGGAGACCGUCGUGAAGACGAUAAACGGGGAGGAGCUCACGGUGGAGGAGCGCAACCUCCUCUCGGUGGCCUACAAGAACGUGAUUGGAGCUCGCCGCGCGUCCUGGCGUAUCAUCUCCUCCAUCGAGCAGAAGGAGGAGAGCCGCGGGAACGAGGAUCACGUCACCUUGAUCAAGGAGUACCGCAGCAAGGUCGAGGCCGAGCUCAGCAAAAUCUGCGAUGGAAUCCUGAAGCUGCUUGACACCCACCUCGUCCCCUCCGCCACCACCGCUGAGUCCAAGGUGUUUUACCUUAAGAUGAAGGGUGACUACCACAGGUACUUGGCAGAGUUCAAGACUGGAGCUGAGAGGAAAGAAGCAGCUGAGAGCACUCUUUUGGCUUACAAAUCUGCACAGGAUAUUGCUUUAGCUGAUCUGGCUCCUACUCAUCCUAUAAGGCUGGGGCUGGCACUCAACUUCUCUGUGUUCUAUUAUGAGAUUCUUAACUCACCAGACCGUGCUUGCAGCCUUGCAAAACAGGCUUUUGAUGAGGCUAUCUCCGAACUGGACACCUUGGGCGAAGAAUCAUACAAGGACAGUACGUUGAUCAUGCAGCUUCUCCGAGACAACUUGACACUAUGGACCUCUGAUAUCACGGAGGAUGGAGCUGAUGAGAUCAAAGAAGCUCCAAAGAAGGAAUCAGGAGAGGGCCAGUGAUCUGGAAAUCGACACUUCCUCAUGGGUGAUACAGGAUGUACCCUUUUUAAGUAGUUGCGAGAAUCUUGUGCUUCUUGGUUGUCCUCUCUUCUUUUGUGUUGCGGACAACAUAAAGCCAACUGAUACUUUCUAGGGAUUGGAUUGCCUUCAGUAUUUUACUAUCAUAGUUAUCUAUUAGCUUGUUCUAAUGGGAGAUAAAAAUGAUUCUGUAUGGUUAAUCAUGGACAACUUGGUUUUAGUAGCUGGGAAGAUGCUGGUAACCAGAAGGUAGCAUGCAUAAUUCCUGCGUGUCCGAGGCUAUCUGGUGAUCAAAUUCUAUUUGGAUCAUUAUUCCAUCCGUGAUAUUUUCUUCUUUAAUGUACUUUGGUCUUUUGAUG